AUGCAUUCCUAUUUCCGGGAUGAAUACAGGGAUACGAAUGGUGAAAACGUUUAUCACGUUGCGGAUUCAUUCGACAGCGACCUGAUGCUAGAGAUCGACAGCUAUGGAAAAGGCGUAUCUGCAGCACGGCUUGAUCGUACCCAGGAAGAUCUUAAUAAAUACCGCCAACGUAUUGAUGCUAAUGUGGAGCACCAAAAGGAUGUAGCAUGA